GAAUUGCUAUGAUGCCACGGUUGCUUGUUGAUAAAGUUUGAAGUAAAUUCAGAUAUAUAUAUAUAUGUAUAUUACACAAAAUUGACGUUGUUAAAAGGCAAAAACAAGCCUGUUACAUCUGACAUACAUAAAUUAAUUUAUACUCACUCUCGACUCUCGUUGUACGUUUCAACAAACGAUACUCUACCAAAAAACCAUGAUCGGUUCAGAGGAAAGCAGAACAACAAUAAAAAUGACGGAACACUCAGUCAUCUGUGACAACAUGACCGACUAUGUGAGCCACACUCGUGGCCUGGACCUCGGUCAGCUACUUUCCUUCGGCAUUUUGAACAACACAACAUGCUUGGAACACGCCCCGCAGCUGACGACAGUCACCGUGUCGAAGGUGAUCGUACUGACAGUGAUCGCGAUCCUCAGUUUCAUAGGCAACGUAGCGACCGUCUACUCGAUCGCGAUGAACCGACAAAAACAGCAGACUUGGUCGGCGAUUUACACGCUGAUCUUGCACCUGGCGGUCGCUGAUUUGUUCGUCACGGUGUUCUGCAUCGGGGGAGAAGCGUUGUGGAGUUACACCGUGGCAUGGGUCUUUGGAAACGUCGCCUGUAAAUUGUUCAAGUUCGUACAAGUGUUCAGUUUGUACCUGAGUACAUUCUUGCUGGUGUUGAUCGGGGUGGAUAGAUACUUCGCUGUGCGGUACCCCAUGAAAGGGGUGAUCACUCCCGAGAGAUGUUGCAAGUUCGUGGCUUUUGCGUGGAUAUUGUCCCUCGUACUGGCGACGCCUCAGAUUAUUAUAUUCCGCAUAGUUGAAGGACCAUUCAUUGAAGAAUUUAAGCAAUGCGUGACCUACGGAUUUUAUACAGAACCCUGGCAGGAACAACUUUACUUGAGUCUCACUUUGUUCUUUAUGUUCAUUCUUCCUCUCACUAUACUCGUCGUCACCUACAUUUCCACCAUAAUUACUAUCUCUCGAAGCGAAAGGAUAUUUAAAUUAAAGUUAACUAAUAAUAAUAUACGUCACGUGAACGGAAACAUUAACCGGAGGAAAUUAAUGCAUCGAGCAAAGGCCAAAUCGUUGAAAAUCAGUAUCAUUAUUGUAGCUGCCUUUAUUCUUUGGUGGACUCCGUAUUAUACAAUGAUGAUCAUUUUCAUGUUUUUUAAUCCUAGCGAACACCCGAGCAAGGAAUUCAAGGAAAUAAUCUUUUUCUUUGGCAUGAGCAACAGUUUGGUAAAUCCUUUAAUAUAUGGUGCGUUUCAUCUGUGGCCACGAAAAAAACAUUCCGCUCACAGAGAAUUAUCCACGACGCAACGCAGACUCACGCCAACGAAUUGUGGAAGUAACGGCAAACGAGAAUCACGAGAAACGCAAACGCCAUUUAUACAGAAGAAUAAUUCAAAUUAUCAAUAAUAUUUGAUUGAUAUUAACGAAGAAGUCAAACACAAAUCAAAUCGUAUUUUAUAAAAAAAGUUUGAAAUUUUAACUUUAAAUUUACGUCAAUCAUCGACAAUAACUAAAAUAACUAUAAGUUAAAAUCCUGUUCUCAUAUCUAGUCCUUACUUUUAAGAAUAAUUAAUUAUUAAGACUACGAUACGUCUAUCAAAUAGAAAGUGUCGAGUAUUUGAACGUUAACUAAGAUAUUCGAAAAUAAUAUAGUAUAAAGAGUAAUGUAGCAUGUAUCAUAUGAAUAUUUAAUACUGUAAUAAUAUACAUAUAUUUAAAAAAUUCAUAUUGUAAAUUCCUUCGUUUUAUG